AUGCAGCUCUCUUCCCUCCUACUUUCAGCCUCGCUGCUCGUCUCGUCGGUCAUGUCGGCACCAGCAGGCGUCGCCAGCUUUGGCACGUCCUCGGAUGCCGAGAUGAUGCUCAAGCGUCAGUACGAAAGCACCAACUGGGACAACAUGAUGUUCGGCAGAGACUCGGUGCAGCUGGAGAAGCGAAUCGUUUACAACCCGCACAUCACCUCGCCAACCUCGGACUCCGUCUGGACGGCAGGAAAGACGUACACAGUCACUUGGGAUGUUAGCGACAUCCCAGCAGAGGCCGAAGCUCUCAAGGGCACCAUCAAGCUCGGCUACCUGCCCGCGGACGGAAGCGGCGGUGAGAACCUGCACUGGACCCUGGCGGAUGGAUUCGCCAUCAAAGGCGGCCAGACCAGCGUCACUUUGCCCGCCGACCUUGCUACGAGGCAGGACUACAUUGUGGUCGUGAUGGGCGACUCGGGGAACGCCAGCAACAAGUUUACCAUCAAUGCGGCCGGUGCUGCUAGCGAGCAGGUGGUUCCGCAGCAGAAGCAGGACAGCCUCGGCGAGCUUAUUCAGGAAAAGAUCAACAAGGCUUUCGCUCAAGCUGAGUUUGACAACUGA